ACCCUGUGACUUUUAUCAGCCAAUGAGGUUUGUUCCAUGUGCUCACCAGACUAUUUCAGCUCGCUCGCCUCCUUUAAGACUUUUCCACCAGGUUAUAGCGGUUGUUAUUGUUGAGGAUGGCUCGAGCUGGGAUUAUAUUCUUGAUUCUCUAUGAAAUAUGUUCUGCUGAAACUGUAGGAAAUACAGAACCGUCGGUUGUCUCAGUUAAAGUUGGAGAAUCGGUUACUCUAAACUGCACAUCUGCACUUAUAGAUAAGUCUGUAGCUGCAUACUGGUUUAAGUACAGACUGGAGCACAAACCACAGGAAGUGGGAUAUAGGCUCAAAGAAAAGAAGGAGUCUUAUAAUAAUUUUGAAAAAUUUGAGUUGAAGGAAGUUGGCAGUGGGGUUUCUCUCAGUAUUAAACAGGUUCAGAAACAAGAUGAAGGAAUGUACUUCUGUGGAUCGGUUGAACAGAACACUGUGACCUUUUCUACUGGAACUUUCUUAGCUGUGUCGGAUCCUUCAGACAUCUCAGUUCUCCAGACUCCAGCACUGCAGUCGGUUCCUCCAGGAGAAGCAGUGAAUCUUCAGUGUACGGUUCUCUCUGAGAUCAGAUCAGCAGAACUGAGAGUGUUCUGGAUCAGAUCUGCUGCAGGAUCAUCCUUUCCUGAAAUCAUCUUCACUCAUCACAACAGCAGCAGCAGCAGCAGCAGCCGUCAGUGUGAGAUCAGCUCUUCUAAACACAGCAGUGUGUACAACUUCUCCACCAACAUCCCCAACAACCACCAUGCUGCAACUUACUACUGCGCUGUGGAGACCUGUGGAAGGAUCAUCGUUGGAAACGGGACACCAGUAGAAAUAAAACAGUGGGACAGUUCUACACGUGUACUGGUAGUCGCUCUCGGGGUGUUUUCAGGAGUGUGUGUGGUUGUAAUCUGUGCUCAGGCCAUCAUCAUUUUGAAGCUGAAGAGAACCGGGCCAUGUGCUGGGAAACUUCAGCCGGGUGCUGUGGUGGAGAACGCUUUCAGUCAGCAGGACCAGAAUGCUGAUAGUCUGAAUUACGCUUCAGUUCAGUUUAAAGAGAAGAAACCUAAACGAGAAGAGAGACGGAGGAGAGAGGAACCGGAGGAACUGGUCUACUCUCAAGUCAGAUCCACCACUCACCGUCCAAAACAUUAGAUCUACUAGAGCUUAUUACAGUCUUUACAGACAGACAAAAAAGAUAGAUAGACAGGCAUACAGAUAUUAGAUAUUAGACAGAGCAACAUAUAUUAAGUAGAAUAAAAAAAAAACAUUGUACAGUAUUAAGAGUAAAUCUAUUACCAUAUUUACGUGCAGGUACACAUAUUGUGUUUGAAUUUAAAUUUAUUAUUUUUAUUUUAUUUUUCAGAUUUGUUUUAUGUGGCAUUUUUAAUUGUAUUCUCUUUUUCUGUUUGGCCUGUAAAUAGCCAUGUUUUCAUUAACUUUUAAC